UCGCCCUUGGGAAGGUGGAGGUGAGAAGUACCUGAUAAUUGUUAAUGGUUUCGUGUUAACGAAUGUCUAGAGCUUACAUUCUGCUUGAUCUCCAGCCAGAUUUCACAAUUGGAAAUAGGAGCAUUGUCAUUAUACGUUGUUAUUUUUAAUGGAAGUAAUGCGCUUUUCAACAGUUAAUAGGUUUUUUCUUCUACUGUUUUUUCCCUUCCAGGCUGUCACGUUUGCGAAUGAUUGUGGUGGUGAUUCGAAUUGUUAUCGACAGUCUUCAGAGUCCAGUCUGGAGAGACGACUCCGCCAAAGUCCUAAAUCGUUAACUGAAUUUAACCAACUCGACAGUAAGCGCCAAGAACCAAAUUCCUCGGCCACUGUGAACAUCGUUCAGUUCGUUGGACUGACAGAUAGCAAGAAACUGAACAGGAGUUGUUGCAAGAACGGCGGAACAUGCAUCCUCGGCAGCUUCUGCGCCUGUCCAGUCCACUUUGUCGGUAGAUACUGUGAGCUGGAUGAACGCCUCAAGGGAUGCGGCAAAUUUCGUGAUGGCCAAUGGGCUUUAAAGCAUUGUACCUGGUGUAGAUGUAGCUAUGGAAGUCUACGCUGUAUUGAAGUAUUCGGGAAGGUUGAGAAUUGUGAUCCGGAGCAGGAUGAUGGAUUCCCUGCUGCUAGCUCCAGCCUGGAACUAACAAGACCAUUGUUGUUGUCUGUGUGCCUUGCUAUAGUAUUUGAAUUGAUUCCAUAAAUAUCUUAUCCUGCAUAAAUUUUAAUGGACAUAAUGAAGGGAUCCUUGGAGAGAGAUGCUGCUCUUGUAUAGUUUUUCUUGUAUGGGUAUUAACUAUCUUUACCUGAUGCAAAUGAUUUUUCUUUUCAUAGGAAAGCCAAGGUGGUGAGUUUGGCAAGUUAGUCAGCUACAGUGCAAUCACAGCCAAGUCACCAGAGUCUGAAUUUAGUUCUUCCCUCCUUUCCUGGUCCUUUACUUGUUUGAUCAUCAAUUAAAUGUUAGUCACAGCCCAGAUUCUUAAAAGUAUUUCAAGUCAAACAAUGCCUGACUUCUGUACAUAAAGUUGCUUUUUAAGUAGUGUUUCUAACCAUUAAUUUUGAAAAAAAUUGAUCUUGACCAAGAUCAAACAUGAACCAAAGACAAUAGUAUGUAACUGUAAGCUGAUUCACAUGUUUUGACAAUGGAAAGUUAUGUUUAUACUUUGCUGUAAAGAUUACUUACUUGUAAAUCUUUGAAAGCUAGUUUUAAUUAUACCAUGCUACACUUUGUAAUAAAAUGCGUAAUAAUACA